AUGCCGAACAAACACAACAACAAGGAGGCUGUCAACGAGCAUAUUGGAAAGGACCAAUCUGGUGCCGCAGAUGAAGCUCAUCAGUUUCAAGCUGGUAAUCGGUCAGACCGAAAGGAGGACGAGUGGAAGCACAGAGUGCCAUACAAGAUCCACGAUGAUGAUUCCAAGUUCCCUGCGAAAUGGAAGGGAGGGUGCCACUGCGGCAAGGUCAGAUAUGAACUGAGUCAAGAGAAGCCUCUCGCAGCGAAAUUCUGCCAUUGCUCUACCUGCAGGAAGUUGCACGGAGCUCCGUUCCAAUGGGCCACGAUUUUUCCCAAAGAUGUAAUUAAUUUUACUAACGGAAUCCACGACCUUGGCUGGUAUGAUCCUACUAACAAGUCCAACACACAUCAUCUUCCGUGCAAGGUGCAGUGCGCAUUUUGCCGAACUCCUAUUAUGGAUGAAGGUCGAAACAUGAUCCUGCUCUUCCCAACACUGAUCGACAAUAUUGCAGAGAAGAAGGUUCGGGACAACUUCAAACCGACUUGCCACAUGUUCUACAACCAGCGUACAGUUGACUUCACAGGCGACGGGCUUGUCAAGUGGGAGGGAAUCGACAACAAGAGUAACCUCCUUGAUGACGAAGGUAAUGUUGUUGUCAAAUACGAAGAUGGCAUGGAGGAAAAAGAGAUGGAUGAGAAGAAGAGGAAGUAUUUUGAUGGCCUCCAAGACAGUCAUCCAGAAACCGCCCGAAAGGAGAAAGACCUCAAGAUCUAG